AUGAACAUCAGGGAGGCUACCAUCGACGACAUGCUCGGGAUGCAGAACUGCAACCUGCACAACCUCCCCGAAAACUACACGAUGCGCUACUACCUCUACCACGCCCUCACCUGGCCGCAGCUCUCGUACGUCGCCGAGGACGAAAAGGGCCGCAUCGUCGGCUACAUCCUGGGAAAGAUGGAAGAGGAGCCCCAAGACGGCGUGCCCCACGGACACGUCACCAGCAUCAGCGUGCUCCGCUCCUACCGGAGGCUUGGCCUCGCCAACAAGCUCAUGAAGCAGAGCCAGGAGGCGAUGCGCGACGUGUUCGGUGCCAAGUACGUCUCGCUCCACGUCCGGCAGACGAACCGUGCGGCCAUCGGCCUGUACCGCGACACGCUCGGGUUUGAAGUCAGCGACGUCGAAAAGGGCUACUACGCCGACGGAGAGGAUGCGCUGGCGAUGCGCCUCAACUUCUAG